AAUGCUUUGAAUGCCUCUCCAAUACCCCGGCCUCUUUAGUAUGGCUGUGCUUUCCUGGUGAUAUUGCAUUUUUGUAUUCUUGAGAGAAUCAAUGAUGUUGCUCUGAACAAACUUGGCCACUAAAUGAUUGUAAUGUAAUGUAAUGUAAAGUAACAUAAUGUAAUGUAAUGUAAUACUAUUCAAUAUCAUAUAAUGUUAUGCAAUGCAAUGUAAUGUAAUGUAAUAUAAUGUAAUGUUAUGCAAUGCAACGUAAUGUAAUGUAAUAUAAUGUAAUGCUAUCCAAUUCAACGUAAUGCCAUGUAAUGUAAUGUAACAUAAGGUAAUGCAAUGUAAUGUCGCUCCCCAGGUGACAGGUGUGAGGAUCCCCAGGAGUUGGUGUACUGCCAGGUGCAAGUGGUCAAGAAAAAGGAACGCCCAAAAAAGCAGGAGCAGGACCCGCAGGUGGCCUACGGUGAGGUGAAAGUGUCCGGCAAGUCUAAGGCCGCCAGACGCACACCCAACGAGCAGGCAGACACGAUAUACUCCGGCAUCCGCACGUAGGUCCGGCCAAUCACAGAGCGGCCUUACCCUGCCUGCACAAGCCUUUCGCCGAAGUUAGGCCGAGUAAUCAGAUUUCAAAAAUCCCAGGGAUUUUCAACAGGAAGUGCAGCAUUUCAGAGGAAAGACAUUUUUAGUAUUGAAUCUGCACAUCUCACAGUUUUUUCUUAGUUUGAGGAACUGUCAUUUUCCCCUCAGUCAGCUGUAUGGGAAGAUUAGUGUUAUGCAAAAUAGAUAUUGUCUGUUAGUACCAGUUUUUCCCAUAUAAAAGUGGAAGGCUGAGAUCCACAGACAUUUGUAACAUUAAUAAGUUAUAAUCGUGUUCCAUUGAUUUAUAUGAUUUUCUAAUUAGAAACAAAAAGCAUACACGGGAAAAGUUGAUGACUAUAUGUGUUUACCCCAUAGUACCUUGUAAAAUACUCCAAACAUAACAAUCAUUUAUAGUAUAAGACUGAGUUUGAAAAGCACAAGGUGUGGGCGCAAGGAAUUGCGUGUUAUGCAUUCAAACUACAACGCGCUUCUCGUCACAUUAAUACCGCUAAUUAAAUCAACCGGCAGUAAACUGUGUCGGAGAAAUUAGCUGUUUCAACUCGUCGCUACACGAAACACUGCACAAAAAAUUUAUUGCCAGUCAUUUCGGUGUCACCUCCCUCUGAUGGUGUCACCCUGUGCGGUCCGCACCCCCUGCACGCCUCUGAGCACAAGUACGUUUUGUAUGUAUUUGCCUUUAGCGCAAACUUUUUUUGUUAUUUAUUUGGACAGAACAAAUUAAAUACUGAGGAACUCGUAGGUUGCAUUUAAAUUUUUGAUCUAUUUCUCUAUAACAUUCUUCUUUUGCAUGUAUCUUAUUACAUUUUCAAUCAAAUGUUUACCCCAGAUAAGCAUAAGCAUGCUGUUAUUGCUAAAAUCUGUUUCAAAUAUAUAUAUAAUUAGCCGUUCCGGGAUGAUCCAUGCGUGUGGAGUAAAGAUUCACUUUGUAGUGAAAGGGCGACAAGGCGAAGCAGGGAAUUUGUGAAGAUUCCUAGAAUAAGGCUGUUUAAGGAAUGAAAGACCUUCUUUUAAGUGGCUAAAGCAGAACUGCAGAAGAGAAGCAGAAAUAUCGACGCAGCCUGAAUUGUGCAAAAACUCCGUUUCCAACCUCAAGCGCGGACACCCACCGCAUGCAUAGUGGCCGCGAGCGCACGACGCGCGUACUACGCGCGUAAGACACGGAAGCGCAAAACAGGGAAGUGGUUUUAUAAAACUGGCAGGCUGAUACAAGUGUUAAAAGAGCUGCAUUUAGUUCGCCGGGGGUGGGGGAUUGUGGUUUGGCUGAACGCUUUGGGCUGAGUUGCACAGAAGACCAUCUGCUGAAGACCAUCUAAAAUUGGAGAAACGGAUACAAAAAUCUUUACUGCUGAUUUUUAAAAUUAAUUUUUUAUUUUUUAUUUUUUACAUUUUUUUGGCCUGUUGGUGGCGGGGAAGAAAAAUCAAGGUUUUGUUUAUUAGCACCACAACUUUCUACAAUAUAAAGGACCUCAGCCUAGUCUGCUACGGUACGCAAAUAAAUGCCGUUUGUGAGGUGGGUUCCGGUCUGGCGCUCCUGCAUCGAAGUCUUCCAUUUAAACGCCUCUCAGAUUCUGGUCAAGUCAAGUCAACACUUCGGGCUGAAGUGCACAGAAUUAACUUUAUGAGCUGGAAGAAGACAGCCAUCGCUGCAAAGCUGCUAAAGACCAUCUAAAAAUUGGAGAAAUUGAAAAAUUAUUAUUAUUAUUAUUAUUUUAAUUAUUUAUUUAAUUUAAUUUUUUAUUUUUUUUUAUUUCAGACAGAGGUGCUGCCCACCAGACUUCGAGUUGCGUAGUGCUGUUUUACAUGAAUUGCUUUGAUGAUUUUUUAAAUUUUAAAUAUAAAACUUACUUUUUUUUUCUUGGGCGGUAACUCCUUACCUUUGGAAUGACUGAAAGGAAUAAUUGCGCUAAUGUUGAAACCCUACUAUAGAUAUAACCCUCUGCUAUCAGAACCCUGGUUUUAUAGUCUGAUUCGGUGAUUAGAGAUUAUUCGUUAUCACUCUGGUGCAGUUGAAUAAACGAGACAUGGAUGGAUUCACAGUAAAAAGUCCAGUGUUAAUUCAACUCUAACAGUUUUUUUUGAGUCCACUCUGGCCAUACACUGUAAACUCUGUAAGUCUGAUUUAGCAUUUCACUGCGGAAGAGUCAUCGGUUUGAACAACAGAAGAGACAAUGACAUUUAAGGCUGUUCUUGGGUGAUUGUAUUCAGAACUUGGUUUGUUAUACACUGAUUGAUAUAAUUCACUAUAAUGCGCCAAAGUAGAUUUGACACACGCUCAAUUCCAAUCCAUAAACAGAAGUAAAAGAUGGGUUAGCCAGAAUACUGAUACUAAUGAAUGCAUGUUCUGUAAUGGAUUCAACUUUCAUUUAUAUAUCACCACCCCCCCCACCCCACCCCCCAAAAACACUUGCUGAUUAGAACAACCGGCUAAACAUUCUACUAACUAUCCUUCCCUUUUACAUUGGAGUUGCUUGGGCGCAGAUAUUAAUUUUGAAAAUGAGAAAAUUUUCAAACAGAACUCUUUUCAGGUGCUUUUUUGACUUUCAACUUUUAUUACAGAACGUUCAGAGUGUUUUCUUUACAACACGACUGUAUUUAUUUUAUGUUUCAUUUGAAAAAAUAACCAUUUAGAAUAUUUCAGUGUCCUGUGUGACUGAGUGAGUAUUUUUUCUUUUUUUAAAAAAGUAAAACUGUCGAAUUUGAUUCUGUUAUUGGUAAACAUUCGUGUAAGUUAAUUUGAAUGAUUAAAAAUGCUGAAUAAAAAAUUGUCAGAUAAUUGUCAGCAGCCAUGAGUCUUUCAUUCAUCAAUGUACAACUACAAAUAAUUUCAUUAUAAUAUUACUGGCAUUUUGCAGACACUCUUAUCCAGACUGACUUAUGCAGCUUACAUUGUUUUUACAUGCAACUCGCUGGGGUGUGCAGAGGCAAUGUUUUAGUGAGGGGGCGGGGCCUAUGCACCGCAUGCCAAUGAUUCCGGAACACAGAGCCCUGUUUCUGUCCCGCGCAUCAUUUUUUAAAAUGGCUGUAACAAUUGUAAGAUGCUAUUCUACCAUGCAACCACUAGGGGGCAAUAUAAAACUGGCCACGUCAGUUUACAGAAGACUAAUACCUCAGUUAUAUGAGUAAGAGAACCCUGGCUCAUGAAUAAUAUUUGGGGUGGGAAUAAACAUGGUGUGCCAGAGAACCUCACAAAUAGUAGAAGUAUAACAUUUGUUUUAUUUACUAUACAAAGUUUUAGUCAAAAACAUAAAUCAUGAGUUAUAAACAAGACAAAAUGAAAGGCGACCAGUGCCACCAGUAACCUAAAUCAUGCAAAAAGUAUGAGUGUUCCACUUCUAUCACAUAUGUUAGGCAAUGACAAUACAUUUUAAAUUCAACAUUCAUCAAUCUACUUAGUUACCUUAACAGUCACUUAACCUGGGAACCUAAUCUAAUAUAACCUAAUCUAUAAUAGGUAGUGUAGCAAUGUCAAGAGGUAAAUUAGAAUAUACAAAAACAUAGAAAAUAUACACUUGUUAAAAUGCACGCAACAUGACAUAGGAUAUAGAUUGUUACAUUACCACAAUCAACAUCACAAAAUGGAUAACAGGAGGAGGCCAAAAAGCAGAACAUGGCCUUCGAACCCCUUGAAGCCUUCUAAGCCACAUAUAAAUCCACCCAAGGACUAAUGAAAAAAGGAUGAAAUACGUUGUCACUGUGACAGUAGGAAAAUUUCAAUGCCCCCUCCCCCCCCCCCAAUACUGUAUGUACAGAGAGAUAAAAAAACUCAUCACCUUCUCAUCACACAAGCCCACACACACGCUCUCUCUCUCUCACACACACCCAAACACAUACACACACAUGCGCACACACACACACACAAGCACACAUACACACACACACACACACACACACACACAAGCACACAUACACAUGCUCACACAAACACAUACACAUACACACAUGCACACAUAUCCAGUUUGCAACAGCUCAUGCUGCUGUGCCAAUACUUCAAGCAAAGUGCAUUUACUGCAUUCAGACCUUUUCAUGAUAUGAAUAUGAUAGCCUCAUAUACAGUCACAUUUCACAGUGUUGAUGACACAUUGCGCAAAGAUGCCCUCUUUGAAUUUGGCUUGUUGGAUGUGAGAUCUACUGUAUAUAAUAGAGAAGUAGUUUCAGAAGUUCUAUUGUUUUUCAUCUGAAGAUCUUCCUCGUUUCUCAAUAAAGAAAUGUGGUCAGGGCUACACAACACCCUCUAGUGUGAGUCUGACACUCUUGGCUGAAAUACAGCUCCCUCAGUCCCUCAGAGUUUAUCGGAGACGAAAUCGAGACCAUUUUUCGUGUUUGGCGAAGAGGCUGCUUGAGUAACGGUGGUGUGUGUGUCAGUCCCGUGUCUGUCCCUUGCUUCAGCGACUCCUGUCCUGUGCGAUGAAGAGGAUGCUGCCUGCUCUUCUCAAACUCCUGCUGGUUUUAGCCGCAGUGUCACACGGCACAGCAACCUUCUGCGACAUCACAGAGAAUAAAGCAUCAGUCCAAUGUUACGGAGCUCUGGGGCAAUCAGUCUCUAUAUAUCCAUUAAACACCAGUUUUGAUAUUGUUGAAUUAAAAGUCGUUUUCCAAGGUAAAGAGUUUUUGCAAUACAAAGAGAAAAUCAAACCUUCCGAUGGAACCUGUCAAGACCGCUGUCAGCUCAUGAAAAAUGGGACCUUAAGACUGGACCGUGUGAUGAAAAGUGAUUCUGGGAUAUAUACCAUUAACGAAUUUGAUAAAGAUGGGACACACAAGCGAAAGAGAAUCAUAUCUCUGACCAUUCAAGACCCGGUGUCCCCUCCUGCACUGUCCCAGCUUUGUCUGCCCCAUGGAGAAAUUAGGGCAUCCUGCAACAGCACCGGGGACCCCCAGUACAGCUGGACUCUGGAUGACCGUCCCCUGGAUGGGAGAGUGGCAUUUCUCAGUGAUGAGACUCAGACUGUCAUACUGAGGAGGAGCGUGUCUGCAUCCAUCACCUGUACAGCCAGUAACCGUGUCAGCAGCGAACACACCACCCAGGAACUACUCAAGUGUCCAGGCACAGCAACCUCAUGCGACAUCACAGAGGAUAAAGCAUCAGUCCAAUGUUACGGAGCUCUGGGGCAAUCAGUCUCUAUAUAUCCAUUAAACACCAGUUUUAAAAUUGAUAUGUUAGAAGUCUUUUUCCAAGGAAAAGAGUUUUUCCGAUACAAAGAGAAAACCAAAACUUCUGGUGGAACCUGUCAAAACCGCUGUCAGCUCAUGAAAAAUGGGACAUUACGGCUGGACCAUGUGAUGAAAAGUGAUUUGGGGAUAUAUACCAUUAAAACAUUUGAUGACACGGGGAAAAUCAAGCUGAGAAGAAACAUAUCUCUGACCAUUCAAGACCCGGUGUCCCCUCCUGCACUGUCCCAGCUUUGUCUGUCCCAUGGAGAAAUUAGGGCAUCCUGCAACAGCACCGGGGGGGACCCCCAGUACAGCUGGACUCUGAAUAACAGUCCCCUGGAUGGGGGGGUGGCGUUCCUCAGCAAUGAGACUCAUACUGUCAUACUGAGGAGGAACGUAUCUGGAUCCAUCACCUGUACAGCCAGUAACCGUGUCAGCAGCGAAAACACCACCCAGGAACUACUCAAGUGUCCAGACCCGGUGUCCCCUCCUGCACUGUCCCAGCUUUGUCUGUCCCAUGGAGAAAUUAGGGCAUCCUGCAACAGCACCGGGGAGGACCCCCAGUACAGCUGGACUCUGAAUAACAGUCCCCUGGAUGGGAGAGUGGCAUUUCCCAGUGAUGAGACUCAGACUGUCAUACUGAGGAGGAACGCGUCUGGAUCCAUCACCUGUACAGCCAGUAACCGUGUCAGCAGCGAACACACCACCCAGGAACUACUCAAGUGUCCAGACCCAGUGUCCCCUCCUGCACUGUCCCAGCUCUGUCUGUCCCAUGGAGAAAUUAGGGCAUCCUGCAACAGCACCGGGGAGGACCCUCAGUACAGCUGGACUCUGAAUAACAGUCCCCUGGAUGGGAGAGUGGCGUUCCUCAGCAAUGAGACUCAUACUGUCAUUCUGAGGAGGAACGUGUCUGGAUCCAUUACCUGUACAGCCAGUAACCGUGUCAGCAGUGAAAACACCACCCAGGAACUACACAAGUGUCCAGGCACAGAAACCUUCUGCGACAUCACAGAGACUAAAGCAUUAGUCCAAUGUUACGGAGCUCUGGGCCGAUCAGUCUUUAUACAUCCAUUAAACACCAGUUUUGAAAUUGAUGAAUCAGAAGUCUUUUUCCAAGGAAAAGAGUUUUUCAGAUACAAAGCCAACAGACCACCUUAUAAUAGAACCUGUCAAAACCGUUGUCAACUCAUGAAAAAUGGGACAUUACGGCUGGACCGUGUAAUGAAAAGUGAUUCUGGGAUAUAUACCAUUAAAACAUUUGAUGGAAAUGGGACACACAAGCUGAAUAGAAACAUAUCUCUGACCAUUCAAGACCCGGUGUCCCCUCCUGCACUGUCCCAGCUUUGUCUGUCCCAUGGAGAAAUUAGGGCAUCCUGCUCCAGCACCGGGGACGAACCCCAGUACAGCUGGACUCUGGAUGACCGUCCCCUGGAUGGGAGAGUGGCAUUCCUCAGCAAUGAGACUCAUACUGUCAUACUGAGGAGGGACGUGUCUGGAUCCAUCACCUGUACAGCCAGUAACCGUGUCAGCAGCGAACACACCACCCAGGAACUACUCAAGUGUCCAGGCACAGCAACCUUCUGCGACAUCACAGAGACUAAAGCAUCACUCCAAUGUUAUGGAGCUCUGGGGCAAUCAGUCUCUAUACAUCCAUUAAACACCAGUUUUAAAAUUGAAGAAUUACAAGUCUUUUUCCAAGAUAAAGAGUUUUUCCGAUACAAAGAGAAAACCAAAACUUCUGGUGGAACCUGUCAAAACCGCUGUCAGCUCAUGAAAAAUGGGACAUUACGGCUGGACCAUGUGAUGAAAAGUGAUUUGGGGAUAUAUACCAUUAAAACAUUUGAUGACACAGGGAAAAUCAAGCUGAGAAGAAACAUAUCUCUGACUAUUCAAGACCCGGUGUCCCCUCCUGCACUGUCCCAGCUUUGUCUGUCCCAUGGAGAAAUUAGGGCAUCCUGCAGCAGCACCGGGGAGGACCCCCAGUACAGCUGGACUCUGGAUGACCGUCCCCUGGAUGGGGGGGUGGCGUUCCUCAGCAAUGAGACUCAGACUCUCAUACUGAGGGGGAACUUGUCUGGAUCCAUCACCUGUACAGCCAGUAACCGUGUCAGCAGCGAACGCACCACCCAGGAACUACACAAGUGUCCAGGCACAGCAACCUUAUGCAACAUCACAGAGAAUAAAGCAUUAGUCCAAUGUUACGGAGCUCUGGGACGAUCAGUCUUUAUACAUCCAUUAAACACCAGUUUUGUAGUCUUUUUCCAAGAUAAAGAGUUUUUCCGAUACAAAGAGAAAAUCAAACCUUCUGGUGGAACCUGUCAAAACCGCUGUCAGCUCAUGAAAAAUGGAACAUUACGGCUGUACUUUGCAAUGAAAAGUGAUUCUGGGAUAUAUACCAUUGAAGCAUUUGAUGACAUGGGGAUAAGCAAGCUGAAAAGAAACAUAUCUCUGAGCAUUCAAGACCCGGUGUCCCCUCCUGCACUGUCCCAGCUUUGUCUGCCCCAUGGAGAAAUUAGGGCAUCCUGCACCAGCACCGGGGAGGACCCCCAAUACAGGUGGACCCUGGAUAACAGUCCCCUGGAUGGGAGAGUGGCAUUUCUCAGUGAUGAGAAUCGUACCAUCAUACUGGGGAGGAACACGUCUGGAUCCAUCACCUGUACAGCCAGUAACCGUGUCAGCAGGGAACACACCACCCAGGAACUACUCAAGUGUCCAGGCACAACAACCUUCUGCGACAUCACAGAGAAUAAAACAUUAGUCCAAUGUUCCGUAGCUCUGGGACAAUCAGUCUCUAUAUAUCCAUUAAACACCAGUUUUAAAAUUGAUGAAUUAGUAGUCUCUUUCCAAGGUAAAGAGUUUUUCCGAUAUAAAGAGAAAGCCAAAACUUCUGGUGGAACCUGUCAAAACCGCUGUCAGCUCAUGAAAAAUGGGACGUUACGGCUGGACCGUGUGAUGAAAAGUGAUUCUGGGAACUAUACCAUUCAGGCAUUUGAUGACAACGGGAUAACCAAGCUGAAAAUAACCAUAUCUCUGACCAUUCAAGGAAUCGAAAAGGACGUAGUGCUUUUUGUGGUGCUCGGAGUUUGCUUGUUACUUAUGGUACUGCUAUUGGGGACAUACUGCCUCUACAAGAAGAAGCAAAAACAAGCAGCGACAAGUCAGAGAAGUUUGGUUGACAGGUGUGAGGAUCCCCAGGAGUUGGUGUACUGCCAGGUGCAAGUGGUCAAGAAAAAGGAACGCCCAAAAAAGCAGGAGCAGGACCCGCAGGUGGUCUACGGUGAGGUGAAAGUGUCUGGCGACUCUAAGGCCGUCAGACGCACACCCAAUGAGCAGGCAGACACGAUAUACUCCGGCAUCCGCACGUAGGUCCGGCCAAUCACAGAGCGGCCUUACCCUGCCUGCACAAGCCUUUCGCCGAAGUUAGGCCGAGUAAUCAGACGUCAAAAUUCACAGGGAUUUUCAACAGGAAGAGCAGCAUUUCAGAGGAAAGACAUUUUGAGGAACCGCCAUUUUUUCCACAGUCUGCUGCGUUGGAUGGUUUGUGUUGUGCAACAUAGAGACCAGUCUGUUACCCAAUUCUUUUCUGUAGUCACAGUAUGGCCACAUAAAAGAGGAACCCUAAGGUCCAUGUGCAUUUUUAAUAUUAAUAAAACAUGCAUUGAUUUAUAUUAUUCUCUAAUUAUAAAUGAAACAUACACAUGGAAAGUUACUGUUGGCUAUGUUUUUACCCCUUUGUUGCUUGUAAAGUACUCCAGAAAUAAUAAUUUAUAGACUGAGUUUGAGCACAGUACAUUUUGUAUGCAUUCUCCUCUUUUUUUUUACAAAUGCUUUGUAACUUAUUUGGAUGGCACAAACAAAAACAGAGAGACUGGUUGAUUGCAUUUGUAUUUUUCUAUUAAUAAUUGUAUUUCAUAUCUCAUUUAUUUUGAAUUAAAAGUAUAAUGUCUUAA